UGGGCGCAGGUUCAGCCCCGGGCGACCCCGGCGGGAAGGAAGCCGACCCUCCGUGCUCCGGAUAGGGGCUAGUCACCGAGAGACAGACAUGUCGUGGUUUAGUGGCCUCCUGGUCCCCAAAGUGGAUGAACGGAAAACAGCCUGGGGUGAGCGCAAUGGGCAGAAGCGUCCCCGCCGUGGGACCCGGACCGGUGGCUUCUGCACGCCCCGCUAUGUGAGCUGCCUCCGGGACGCACAGCCCCCCAGCCCCCCCCCUGCAGCCCCCCCUCGGUGCCCCUGGCAGGACGAGGCCUUCGUCCGGAGGGGUGGCCCAGGCAAGGGCCCGGAGCUGGGGCUGCGCGCGGUGGCCCUGGGCUUUGAGGACACGGAGGCGACGGCCGACGUGGCCCCUGACGUGACAGCCGGGCGUCGGCGGUCCUGCUGGCGGCGCCUGGCCCAGGUGUUCCAGUCCAAGCAGUUCCGCUCGGCCAAGCUGGAGCGCCUGUACCAGAGGUACUUCUUCCAGAUGAACCAGAGCAGCCUGACGCUGCUCAUGGCCGUGCUGGUGCUGCUGGCCGCCGUGCUGCUCGCCUUCCACGCGGCGCCCGCCCGCCCUCAGCCCGCCUACGUGGCCCUGCUGGCCGGCGCCGCCACCCUCUUCGUGGCGCUCAUGGUGGUGUGCAACCGGCACAGCUUCCGCCAGGACUCCAUGUGGGUGGUGAGCUACGUGGUGCUGGGCAUCCUGGCAGCUGUGCAGGUGGGGGGUGCCCUGGCGGCCACCCCCCGCAGCCCCUCCGUGGGCCUCUGGUGCCCUGUGUUUUUUGUCUACAUCACCUACACGCUCCUCCCCAUCCGCAUGCGCGCAGCGGUCUUCAGUGGCCUGGGCCUCUCCACGCUGCAUUUGAUCCUGGCCUGGCAACUCAACCGCGGCGACGCCUUCCUCUGGAAGCAGCUGGGUGCCAGCAUGUUGCUGUUCGUCUGCACCAAUGUCAUCGGCAUCUGCACGCACUACCCGGCUGAGGUGUCUCAGCGCCAGGCCUUUCAGGAGACCCGUGGUUACAUCCAGGCCCGGCUGCACCUGCAGCAUGAGAAUCGGCAGCAGGAACGGCUGCUGCUGUCCGUGUUGCCCCAGCAUGUUGCCAUGGAGAUGAAAGAAGAUAUCAACACAAAGAAAGAAGACAUGAUGUUCCACAAGAUCUACAUCCAGAAGCAUGACAAUGUCAGCAUCCUGUUUGCAGACAUUGAAGGCUUCACCAGCCUGGCAUCCCAGUGCACCGCGCAGGAGCUGGUCAUGACCCUGAACGAGCUCUUUGCCCGGUUUGACAAGCUGGCUGCGGAAAAUCACUGCCUGAGGAUCAAGAUCUUAGGGGACUGUUACUACUGUGUGUCGGGGCUGCCGGAGGCCCGGGCAGAUCAUGCCCACUGCUGUGUGGAGAUGGGCGUGGACAUGAUCGAGGCCAUCUCGCUGGUGCGUGAGGUGACCGGCGUGAACGUGAACAUGCGCGUGGGCAUCCACAGCGGGCGUGUGCACUGUGGCGUCCUUGGCCUGCGGAAGUGGCAGUUCGACGUGUGGUCCAAUGACGUGACGCUGGCCAACCACAUGGAGGCGGGGGGCCGGGCCGGCCGGAUCCAUAUCACCCGGGCCACGCUGCAGUACCUGAACGGGGACUACGAGGUGGAGCCAGGCCGCGGCGGUGAGCGUAACGCCUACCUCAAGGAGCAGCACAUCGAGACCUUCCUCAUCCUGGGAGCCAGCCAGAAACGGAAAGAGGAGAAGGCCAUGCUGGCCAAGCUGCAGCGGACGCGGGCCAACUCCAUGGAAGGGCUGAUGCCACGCUGGGUGCCCGACCGUGCCUUCUCCCGGACCAAGGACUCCAAGGCUUUCCGCCAGAUGGGCAUUGAUGACUCCAGCAAAGACAACCGGGGUGCCCAAGAUGCCCUGAACCCCGAGGACGAGGUAGAUGAGUUCCUGGGCCGUGCCAUCGAUGCCCGCAGCAUCGAUCAGCUACGGAAGGACCACGUGCGCCGCUUCCUGCUCACCUUCCAGAGAGAGGACCUUGAAAAGAAGUACUCACGGAAGGUGGACCCCCGCUUCGGAGCCUACGUGGCCUGUGCGCUGUUGGUCUUCUGCUUCAUCUGCUUUAUCCAGCUCCUCGUCUUCCCACAUUCAACACUGAUGCUUGGGAUCUAUGCCAGUAUUUUCCUGCUGUUGCUGAUCACCGUGCUGACUUGUGCCGUGCCCUCCUGCGGCUCUCUCUUCCCCAAGGCCCUGCGACGUCUUUCCCGCAGCAUCGUCCGCUCUCGGGCACACAGCACUGGGGUUGGCAUCUUUUCAGUCUUGCUUGUGUUCACCUCUGCCAUCGCCAACAUGUUCACCUGUAACCACACCCCCAUACGGACCUGUGCAGCCCGGAUGCUGAAUGUAACACCCGCUGACAUCACUGCCUGCCACCUGCAGCAGCUCAAUUACUCUCUGGGCCUGGAUGCUCCCCUCUGUGAGGGCACCGCACCCACUUGCAGCUUCCCUGAGUACUUCGUUGGGAACAUGCUGCUGAGUCUCUUGGCCAGCUCUGUCUUCCUGCACAUCAGUAGCAUCGGGAAGUUGGCCAUGAUCUUUGUCCUGGGGCUCAUCUAUUUGGUGCUGCUUCUGCUGGGCCCCCCAGCCACCAUCUUUGACAACUAUGACCUGCUGCUUGGUGUCCAUGGCUUGGCUUCUUCCAAUGAGACUUUCGAUGGGCUGGACUGCCCAGCUGCGGGGAGGGUGGCGCUCAAGUACAUGACCCCAGUGAUUCUGCUGGUGUUCGCCCUGGCACUGUAUCUGCAUGCCCAGCAGGUGGAAUCGACGGCGCGUCUGGACUUCCUCUGGAAGCUGCAGGCAACAGGGGAGAAGGAGGAGAUGGAGGAGCUGCAGGCCUACAACCGAAGGCUGCUGCACAACAUCCUGCCCAAGGACGUGGCCGCCCACUUCCUGGCCCGGGAGCGCCGCAACGACGAACUCUACUACCAGUCGUGCGAGUGCGUGGCCGUCAUGUUCGCGUCCAUCGCCAACUUCUCCGAGUUCUACGUGGAGCUGGAGGCCAACAAUGAGGGUGUUGAGUGCCUGCGGCUGCUCAACGAGAUCAUCGCCGACUUCGAUGAGAUCAUCAGCGAGGAGCGCUUCCGGCAGCUGGAGAAGAUCAAGACGAUUGGUAGCACCUACAUGGCGGCCUCAGGCCUGAACGCCAGCACCUAUGAUCAGGCGGGCCGCUCCCACAUCACCGCCCUGGCCGACUAUGCCAUGCGGCUCAUGGAGCAGAUGAAACACAUCAAUGAGCACUCCUUCAACAAUUUCCAGAUGAAGAUUGGGCUGAACAUGGGCCCAGUCGUGGCAGGCGUCAUUGGGGCUCGGAAGCCGCAGUAUGACAUCUGGGGGAACACAGUGAAUGUCUCUAGCCGUAUGGACAGCACGGGGGUCCCUGACCGAAUCCAGGUGACCACGGACUUGUACCAGGUUCUAGCUGCCAAAGGCUACCAGCUGGAGUGUCGAGGGGUGGUCAAGGUGAAGGGCAAGGGGGAGAUGACCACCUACUUCCUCAACGGGGGCCCCCCCAGUUAACAGGGCCCAGCUACAAAUUCAGCUGUCAGGACCAAGGUGGGCAUCUGAGUGGACUCUGAGCUCGCUCAGUGGAGCCGUGGCAGGGGGCACGAAGCCUCCAGACCCUGCUGACCACAGAAGGGAGCACACCAGCAGGCUGUGUUUGGACCAUGCUCGUCUGCUCUCAGGCUGGUGAACAAGGGAUACCAAGAGGAUUAUGCAAGUGACUUCUACUUUUCUAACUGGGAUAGGGCUGUUGCCUCUUUGUUCCAGCUUUUGGGAGCUGGGAGGGCCGGCGGGGGGAGGGGGACAUCAGCAGAGGCGGAAGGAGCCCUCCUGUCUGAGGGAUUAAAAUGGCAGCUUGCCAUGCCUACCCUUUCCCUGUCUGUCUGGGCAACAGACUCAGGGCUGGGCCCUUCCUUUCCCUCUUUUUUCCUGGGAAUAUUUUGUACAAAGACUGGGGCAGGCCUGAGGAGUGCCUAUUCCGUGCUUGCCUCUGCAGUGCCUGCGUCCCCAGCACUGGCCUUGGGUACCCCACCCCGGUCAGGUCUCCCUCCUAGGCACAGGGCAGAGGAGGGUGAUGCCCUGGGGACCCAGCUCUGUCCAUGUUUCAGGGGAAUGUUUCCAUUUGCCAAAUCCUAGUCCCAUGAUCUGUCCCCAAAGGGGAACAAAGGGACUUUUGACAGCUCAGAUUUAGCCCCAGUUCCUGCACAGCUCCAGGGAAAGGGGCAUCUGGCCUCAUUGGUACUGUGAAAAUGCCCAGCCAGAGAGCAAGCGUGUGUGUGCGGAUGUCAGACCAGGAGUUGAAAGUUCACGGGCAGGUGCCAAAGAGAGCAGGCCAGCCAGGGAGCGGGGUGGUACCAGACUCCAUCUGAGGGCCCCACUGGGGUCAUGAUCAGGUAACUCUG